AUGGCAAACAUUUGCUCUCUUGCUCUCGUUGUGUAUGCAGUCUGUUUUUCCGUGUUGAUUCCGCAGGCCACCUCCCAAUCAUUCCUCUUCCCGGAAGCUCAAUCCACCAUCCUCCCCGACCCUUCAACCUUCUUCGCCCCAAACCUCCUCUCAUCUCCACUCCCUACCAACUCUUUCUUCCAAAACUUUGUUCUCAACAAUGGUGACCAACCUGAGUAUAUCCAUCCCUACACCAUGAAAUCAUCCAACUCCUCCCUAUCUCUUGCUUACCCGUCUUUCUCCUACACCUCUACCGUCAUAUCCACAACUCCGUUUCAACCCGACCUCACCAUAUCUGGCUCGAAAACCACCACCAUCCCAGAUCCAAACAACGACCACCAUGUAGUCUCCGACUUCAAUGAUCUUAGUGUGACAUUGGACUUUCCCUCCUCCAACCUCCGCUUCUUCCUCAUCCGUGGAAGCCCCUAUCUCACAUGCAUUGUUUCUCAACCCACACCGGUUUCUAUAUCAACCUCUCAUACAAUUGUAUCGUCAUCAUCCGCAAGUGGCUCAAACACCAAGUUCAUCAUCAAGCUUGGCAACGGUCAGACAUGGCUAAUAUACACAUCCUCCCCAACUGAUUUAACUGCCAGCGGCGCAUCCUCAUUAACUUUUAACAAUUUUUCUGGGAACAUUCGAGUUGCUGUUAUGCCAGAUGCUAAUCCCAAAUCCGAGGCAAUUCUUGACCAAUUCAGUUCUUCUUACCCAACUUCUGGGGCAGCUGUGCUCGAAAACUCCAAUACUUUGACAUAUAAAUGGGAAAAGACAGGUGGAGAUUUGCUCAUUGUAGCUCAUCCUCUCCAUCUUAUGCUUCUGUCAAAUGCUACUGUUUUGCAAGAUUUUAAAUACAAAAGCAUUGAUGGCAAUUUGGUUGGCGUUGUUGGCGAUACGUGGGUUUUAAACUCGAAACCUAUUCCGGUCACUUGGAAUUCUAUUGGAGGUGUCAAAAUAGAUUUGUUCCCUGAAAUCAUUUCUGCGCUUCGUCGAGAUGUAGACGCACUUAGUUCAACAGAAUUAUCUGCUGCAUCAUAUUUUUAUGGGAAACUAGUUGCUAAAGCAGCAAGGCUGGCUUUGAUUGCCGAGGAGGUAGCUUGUCCCGAUGUGAUCCCGGCAAUUAGGACAUUCUUGACAGAGAAAAUCCAGCCGUGGCUGGAUGGUACUUUUAGCGGCAAUGGAUUUUUGCAUGAUAAAAAGUGGGGUGGACUUGUUACCAAACAAGGAUCAACUGAUAAAGGUGCCGAUUUUGGGUUUGGUCUUUAUUCCGAUCACCAUUACCACCUGGGGUACUUUGUUUAUGGUAUUUCAGUGCUAGCAAAGAUUGACCCUGCAUGGGGCGAGAAGUACAAGGCUCAAGCUUAUUCGCUCCUGGCAGAUUAUCUCAACAAGGACAAGCAAUCAAAUCCAAAUUAUACGCGUCUGAGAUGUUUUGAUCUUUAUAAAUUGCACUCGUGGGCAGGAGGAGUGACGGAAUUCGCAGAUGGGAGGAAUCAAGAGAGCACGAGUGAGGCAGUCAAUGCUUACUAUGCAGCUGCUUUGAUGGGGAAAGCGUAUAAUGAUCCGCAACUUGAGGCCACCGGUUCAUUGUUUACCACAUUGGAAAUUCAGGCAGCGCAAAUGUGGUGGCAUGUGAGAGAGGGAGGAGAGAAUCAAACUUACGAGCAAGAUUUUGCAAAAGAUAAUCGGGUAGUGGGAGUUCUAUGGUCGACCAAGAGAGACAGCGGACUUUGGUUUGCUGCUGCAGAGGCAAAAGAAAUUAGACUUGGAAUUCAAGUGAUGCCUAUUUCACCAAUCACUGAGGUGUUGUUCUCCGAUACUGGCUUUCCUAGCGAGCUGGUGAAUUGGGCAUUGCCAGCGCUCGGUAGAACGGGAGUCACGGAAGCCUGGAAAGGGUUUGUGUAUGCAUUACAAGGGUUAUACGACAAAGCAGGCGCUUUGGAGAAGAUUAAGAGCUUGACUGGUUUCGACGAUGGAAACUCCCUCAGUAAUCUUUUGUGGUGGAUUCAUAGUAGGUCAUGA